UACAGGUCAGUGAGUGACUAUAUAAUGUGUCAACUGUAAUCGUGUACUUCUGUAACAGCAACCAUGAGUGUCAACUUCGUAGAUUGCUUCGCCAGCGAGCACAAUGGAUACGAUAUUUUAUAUCAAAACAUGAAAUACGGGCUGAUAGCUAGCAAAGAGUUCUCAGACUACCUCAGAGAAAGAUCGAAUAUUGAGGAAUCGAAUUCGAAAUUGCUGUCGAAGCUAGCGAAACAGGCAAACAGCAACUGCGCUCAAGGCACUUUCGCCCCCUUUUGGGGCGUGUUAAAAUGCUCUGCCGAGAAACUGUCCAAUUUGCAUCAGCACAUGUUCCAGAAAGUGAGUGAGCUGGUCAAAGAUGUGGCCAGGUAUGCCGAAGAGCUGAACAAGAAGCAUAAAGCGGUUAAGGAUUCCGAGUCUAGCACUCUAGAGGUGGUUCUACUUAUACAAAACACUAAACAGGCUCUACAGAAAGCGAAAGACUUGUACACAAGCAAGGGGGCGGAUCUAGAGAAGCUUCGCAAAGAUAAUGCGUCAGCAAAAGACAUUGAGAAAGCUGAGGUCAAAUUUAAAAAGCUACAUGACGAAUACAGGCAACUAGUUGAAAAAUAUAACAUGGUUAAACAAGAUUUCGAAAAGAAAAUGACACAAACAUGCAAACAUUUUCAAGAUGUGGAAGAAGCACAUUUAAAACAAAUGAAACAAUUUGUAAAUGUCUAUGCUGACAUUAUACAAAAUAACCAUGACCUCAUGGGUCAGGUGCAUAGAGAUUUUAAACAUCAAUGUCUUGAGUUAACAGUAGAAAAACUACUAGAACAGUUCAUUACUGAUAAAUACAUGGCAAUAGAGAAGGCAAACUUAGUAGAGCUGCCAGUUUCUUUACCUAAACCAGGUUCAGCUAACAACUCAAUAUCAGAAGCUGAUCAGAUAUCUACAGUUUCAAAUGGGUCUCACAAACCUUCCCAACCCCCUAAGGCAGCUAAGAAAGAGAGCCAAUCUUUUGCCAGCAAGACCUCUAGAAGGACCACAUCUCUGUUGAACCUGUUCACACCCAAUUUCCAAAGUAAAGAUGAGCCAACUGGGAGCAUUGAAGGGGCCGCCCCAUGUUCUGCCCCCUCUAGCCCCAGUGGAACCCCAGCCACGCCUGUAGCCCCUGAUAAAGAUGCAGACAUGGGUCGGACAACACUCAGAGAGUCCAAAUGGUUCUUACGCAGCAGAAGAACCAAAACAAAGCUGAAAAAAUCCAAAAAGAAAAAGGAUGAGAUUUCUGAAAAUUCUAACAUGGGUGAUAAGUCUGACUUGGAGGAAAAAGAAGAAGAGGUUCCAACAAAAGAUGAUCUGAUGAACUCUCCAGAGGUAGAUGAUGAAGGGUACUGCAUCAGACCUAAAGAUGAGAAAGGUAGUGUUUAUUCUUCAUCGGACACUGAUUCGGAGGAAGAGAGAGAGCAAAAGAUACAUGUAGAGAUUAAACCUAUUAGUAAUGGUAGUGCUCCCAUGUCGGCAAGUGUAGAUGAGCUAAGAGCAACGGUUGAAAACAUCUCCUUGUACAAAAUUGGAACAAAUACAAGGCGCGGCUCAAACGCGAACGCAAGCAAAGCCAGCAGUGACUUAUUAGACUUGAACUUUUUCCAGAGUCCCACAGCCAGUAAUCCCACCUCUCCCCAUGGUGUCUCGAACCCUUAUGCGCCUUUACAAGCUAACCAAUCGCAACUCUUAGAGAGCCCUACUCCAGUAUCCACAGCAGAUGUAGGAGACCUGUUUUCAGAGGUUGGAGAAAUGAGCCAAACUAACAUUCGAACGUCCACGCCUACGAUGUCGUCUAUCUCGCUCCCGCGCCCUCCUUCAAGGCGAUCAGAGGGAGAUUUCCGAACCGCCGGCUCGUCAGGGUCCCGUGGGCCGUCUCCUCUCACAAUAGGCAUGGCUGAUACAAUACCCUUAGCUGUAGCCUUCCACGAGAUCAUCCACUCGUACUUCCGAGGUUCAGAUGAGUCUAAAUGCCAAGUGAAAAUGUCAGGAGACAUGAUGUUGUCCUUCCCAACUGGCAUAGUCGGUGUGUUAGCUAACAACCCCAAUCCGGCGAAGCUCUGCUUCAGACUAAAAAACAUCCACAGACUAGACAAUGUCCUGCCUAACAAACAACUUAUUAGCAUCAAUGCUAUGAUGUCAACUCGAGACACAACAGUUGUGGAAUUUAACAUGCCAGCAUUAACUUCCCUGCUUAAACGACAGUCUGAAAAGAACCCAACAGCUCAAUACUUCAAUGUAGACAUAUUGAAAUAUCAAAUACGUCCAAAGACGGGAGCGGCAUCAUGUCCAUACCAACUAGUAUCAUACUGGAAAUGUGAGAGAGAGCACACAGAUCUGAAGGUGGAUUACAAGUAUAAUCUCCAUGCCAUGAGCCCGCCUUCUCCAUUGCUAAACGUAUCUGUGUGCGUGCCAAUGGAUGGAGGUGUAACUAACGUUAUAGCUAUGCCAAAUAAUACUUGGAACGAGAAGAACGAGCAGGCUCUUUGGCGUUUUACUGAACUAUCCCAACAUUCUGAGGAUAGGGGAGUAGGGUCUUUAAGGGCGCGAUUUGAGCUGGAGCAUGGACCUUCUACAAAGGCUACCAUCUCUGCUCAGUUUAAUUGUGAAGGCGCAACACUCUCAGGCAUAGAGUUUGAGCUGAUAGGCAGCGGCUACCGCCUUUCCCUGGUCAAACGCCGCUUUGUCUCUGGCAAAUAUAUUUGUGAUAGUGAUAUUCACUGAUCGGUCCAAUCCCUUAUGAAUGUUUGUACAUACUUGUAUUGUAUGCGGAGUGCGUAGAUUUGACUAAGCUCGUACAUAUUCGGUACCUUUUAGGAUUGUUUCCUGUCCACUUGGAAUGAUUUCAUGUAAUUUCCUUUUUAAUUAGUUGUAUCCUUAAACUACAUGUUGGUUAACUCUUGUAGUGGUUAUUUACGAUUGAUUAAAUUCUGAGUUAACUAAA